UCGCAGUAGUGAGUUGAGUAAUGAAUGCACUGACUGAAGUUCAAAAGUUGAACAGUGAACGAAACGAAUAAUUUCGCUUCGCUUUGCUUGUAAGCAAGCAUUUCCGUGUCUCGGUGCAUCAUUGUUGAUACUGUUUGAUCAAUAUUCUCAAAUCUAUUUUCAGUUUCGGAUUAUUUAUCUUGUAAGUCAAAUAAUAUGGAUGACGAAACAAGUCCCGACAUACAGAAGUGUUUAUCGGAUGGGCCAAUGGAUACGGACGAGGGUCCAUUGAUUAAUGAAAACUCGAACGGUCUGUCACAUUUAUUGACAGAAACUGAAUUCAAUAGCGUGGACGCAGUCGCGGUAGACGAGUCGUCGGUAUCGAAUCAGGGGUUCCUAAACGCGGUGGAAUUAUCCGCCGGUAGCGUCGGCGACUAUCUCGAGAACAACACUGAUGGUUUUAACACAGAUUCGUUCGAUGUAGGCGAUAACGCUGUUACAUUUCCCAGUGAUUCUUUGAAUAAUGUUUUGUCUGAUGGCGAUUCCCGGCUAAGCGACACCGCGUUUAAAAUGUCCGAUACGGACGGUACAGACAGUCAAAUGAAGAGCAAUGACUUUGAAAUCAGUGAAAUGUCCAAUGACACUGGGUUCCCUGCACCAGCAGAGGAUAGUGUAGCAGCAGAUGAUAGUGCACAAGCGGAAGAUAUAUCACUUAUAGAGGAAAAUCCACCUGUGGAGGAAAGUGCACCAGUAGAUGCACAAGCAGAAGAUAGUGCACAAGUAGAUGAUAUCACACUAAUAGAAGACAGUCUGCCUGCAGAAGAAAGUGCUCCAGUAGAAGAGAGUGGCCCUGUAGAGGAUAGUGCACUAAUAGAAGAUAGUGCACCAAAAGGGGAUGGUGCAUCAGACGGUGCAUCAGCAAAGACAGCUGAUGAAAGCACUGCUGGUGGUGAUGUAAAGGUCACCCAAGAGAUCACAGAUACUCCCAGUAACAAUAUUGGGGGAGCUGGUGACAGUAAGAUGGAUGCAAAAAAAACUACAGAAGUACAAGAGACUGAAAUUAAACGCAAAGAAGUUAAGGAUAUUAGUGAGGUGGGCUGUGCUGAAGAAACAGAGGUGGUAUCUGAGGAUGAGUUGCCCAUAGUUCAGAAACCUAGUAUUCAGGAUGCUGAGAAUGUUUCGGAUGAUGAACUGCCAGGGCCUAAGCCAGCAGAACUUCCAGCUGACACUGAGGUUGUGUCUGAAGAUGAAUUACCAGCAUCUAAGAAAGAAACAAAGGAGUCCCGGAAACGCAAGACUGAUGAUGACAAGGAUGGCUAUGACCCUGGCUCACCAACUUCAGAGUCUGAGCAGUCCAGUAAGAAGCAGGCUGUUUCUAAGAAUGGUGAAAGCAAGCCUGUACCAGCAGAGAAGAGAUCAUCAGUGGAUGAGAAGCCUAAGAAGAAGACUCUUCCAGAACUCGACAAGUACUGGAAGGUUGUCAAUGAUGACCCCACUGACUUCACCGGCUGGACUUACCUGCUGCAAUAUGUUGACCAAGAGAGCGAUGUAGAAGCGGCGCGCGAGGCGUACGACGCGUUUUUAUCGCACUACCCGUACUGCUACGGGUACUGGCGCAAGUACGCCGACUACGAGAAACGCAAAGGAAGUAAAAAGAAGUGCCUCGAGGUGUUGGAAAGAGGGCUCAAAGCAAUACCACUGUCAGUUGAUCUUUGGAUACACUACCUGAAUCACAUUAAAGCCACGCGCACUGAAGAUCACACCUUCAUUCGGGCGCAGUUCGAGAGAGCCAUCGAGGCGUGCGGGCUGGAGUUCCGCUCGGACCGGCUUUGGGAGGCGUACAUCAAGUGGGAGGCGGAGAACGGCUCGGCGCUCAACGUGACCAACGUGUACGACCGCCUGCUCGCCACGCCCACCCUCGGGUACACCUCGCACUUCGACAACUUCCAAGAGCACGUGAUGUCGGAGCCGGUGACGGGCGUGGUGACACGCGCGGAGCUAGUGCGGCUGCGCGGCGAGGUGCGCGAGGCCACGGGCUCGCAGCCGCAGCUGGACCUGCCGCCCGGCGAGGACGAGCCGCAGGACCAUGUUGCAUCAGAAGAAGAAGCUCAGGCGAUCAAGGAGCGCAUCAUCGCGGCGCGUAGGAAAGUGCACAAGACCACUGGGGAAGAAGUGGCUGCCCGGUGGACCUUUGAAGAAGGGAUAAAACGGCCAUACUUCCACGUGAAGCCGCUGGAGCGCUGUCAGCUGAAGAACUGGAAGAUAUACUUGGAGUGGGAGAAGACGCAUGGCUCGCUGAAGCGCGCGCUGGUGCUGCACGAGCGCUGCCUCAUCGCCUGUGCGCUCUACGAGGAGUUUUGGAUGAGGCUAAUAAAGUUCCUGGAAGAGCGUUCGGAGAACAACUCGGAGCUCAUAGCCAUAGAACGCGAGGUGCUCGAGCGCGCGUGCACGGUGCACCAUCUAGACAAGCCGGAGUUGCACCUGCACUGGGCACACUUCGAGGAGGCGCAGGGCAACCCGGCCAAGGCGGCGGAGAUCCUCGACCGCAUUGAGAAGACAUGCCCGAAUUUAGUGCAGAUACAGUACAGACGCGUGAACCUAGAACGUCGUCGCGGCGACCUAGACAAGUGCGCGCAACUCUACGAGACGUACAUCGCGUCUGCGAAGAACAAGGCGGUCGCGUCAGCCCUCGCCAUCAAGUACGCCAGGUUCCAGUUCCAUAUACGCCACGCGCCCGACGCCGCGAGGAAGGUUCUAGACGAUGCCAUAGCGAAGGACCCCCUCAACCCGCGGCUACAUAUGCAGCGGCUUGACCUGGCCUUGCACACGCCCGGCGCGAAAUACGAGGACUUGGAAGAACUGGUUCAAUCGUAUGAGAAGCAAGAGGGCGCGGAGCUGGAGGUGAGCGCCAGCAUGGCGUGGCGGCGGCGCGAGCUGGCCGAGGAGCUGGGCGGCGCGGCGGCCGCGCGGGCUGCGCAGGCGCACGCGCGCGCCCUCGCCAAGCAUCUGCGCAAGCGGGCGCGCAAGGACCGCCAGGAACCACCGCCGCUGCCCAAUUCAACCAGCGACACGAAAAAGAAGGAAAGCAGUUCGGCCACCACAAACAGCGCGGCGACAACCAGCAGUAGCACGUACUACCCCGCCCCGGCCGCGACACAAUCAUACGAGCAGUCAUACGCGCAGCCCUACCAGCCGCCGUGGGGCUACCAACAACCCCCCGGCCCGUACCAGCACCACCCGGGACCUUGGCCGCAGUACCCCAAUUACUACUAACACAGGAGUAAAUGGGACACUCACCGCUAGAGUACAGUUGUACCACACAGUGGUUACCCUCACUUUGGUGCGUAGUGUUCUAUUCUUUGUGACUUUCGGGAAAUGUACCGUUUCGUUUUUAGCCUUUUAAUGAGGGGCUUUCCAAGCUAAGUUCCCCAAAACCAAUAUGGCGCUGUUCAGAUUAACCGUGAUAAUUACCUAAUUUCUCAUUGCUCGGGGUACAUAAUUAUUCAAAAAUAGAAUCUAAUGGCAGAUAUAUAAAAUGACUGUUGCGUGAUAUUUGAAUCAGAGUCUGUUUAGAAUCAGAUGUCUGUCUGUCUGUGUCUGAAUUAGGUACCUGUCUAGAAGUCCUCAGCCAGCAAUACCAUGUGUCUAACAAAAGAAGUUAACCAUGCUUAUCCUCCGUGACGGAAUGUUUCUUUUCACUUUUUUUUUCUUGUCUUAUUUUGUUGUUAUGUAGUAAUUAACCACUUUUUAGCAUUUAACUGCAACUAACCUCACGUUACAAAAUUUCCUAACCAUGCCGUGUAUACACGUUUUGGGUUUCAAUCUAGUUAUUACCCACAUCUGUAACCUUUUAUUCUGGCAUGCCAUGAUUGUUACCUGUUGUGUGUACCUUUUAAAUAAAUAAAUAAAAGCGUAUAGAAUUAUGUAGCUACCUAUAUUUCUUCUCUUUAUUUUGAUCAGAAUAAUAAUGGGUGGAAGAUGUGUUAAGCCUGAAUAACCAGGGUCAUCCCUUAUAUCCAAAAUCAAAGAUAAAAAAUGCAUGUCUGUUAUCCAUGAAAUUAGAGGAUUAAACGAAGACAAAACUGUACAGCGCCAUCUACAGUUUUUUUGGGGAACGUAGCCUAGAAAGCCCCCUCAUUCCUACCAUAGAAAAUAUUUUUCUGGCGUGGUCCCUUGAAGUAAGUUUUGAUCGGUCACGCUUAGAAAUAGCGAUUAUGUUAGGGUUGCUCGUAAUACAAGAAUACAAGCAAUCUAUACGACUAUUUCGACUUUGUAAUCGCUCCUCCGCUGAACUAGAUUUAUGUCGCGCCAGUGUCUUGCACUUUCAUUGUGUGAGGGGGGCACCGAAGGUACUUAUUGUGAAAAAAAAAAAGAAAAAUGAAUUAUGCUUCCAGUUUUGAAUUGUAACUAAUAAUGUAAUUCUGACGUUAUUCAACAUUAACUGCUAAAGACCAAGUGGUACUUUUUUCUGAAGACUGUCUCGUUUUAAUUUGUCUAGUAUUUUCAAGUUCUUGUGUGAGAGGGUGUGAUAAGAAGUUAAUGCUAUUGUAAUAGGCAACUAUAUUGGCAUCUUGCAUCUCCUGUUGCGUUGAUGGCCCUCUUGUAUAGAGACGUUACUUGCGUCAAACACUAUCGGUUUUUGACUUGGAAUUUAUAAAAAUAAACUCAAUGACGAACACCCGAUAUUUGUACUGGUUACGUACGCCUAUGAUUUGUGAAGCUUAUUCAAAGAUUGUCUGAAAUGAAAUAACUUGUGUAUUGUAGAUUAAGACAAGGUAUAAUAAUAAUUACUAUGACUUUUCCCAGCUGUCUUUUAUUAACACGAUCUUGAACUUUCCGCCUAUCAUGCCCUGCCUCUAUUUCGUAUCAUUGUACAUCACAAUAAGCUUAAUGAUUACACAUACCAUGUCUUAUUCUAUCAUUUAUCGUUUCGAGUGCUAUCUUUAAUAAGCUACUAAAACAUGCUCAUUAAUCGUAUAUAUAUCUACAUGGUGUAACACUUCAGUUGCUGUGUUGUAUAGAUUUAAUUAUUUUUUGAAAUAAUAAUUGUAGUUUAUCAUACGAGGCUUUGGCCAAGUACCUCUUAAUCUAUUUGUAAGAAUUUUGAAUAUCUACGUUUAAAUGUUUCUACGAGGUUGACGUAUUGUAGGAACUGGUUUGGGGACUGUUCAAACUUAUUCCUUCUUACUAGAUAGUGUUUACAUUCUGACGAUAACACUCGUUCGUUAAUUAUUUCACCACCGUUUAAAAUAUUACCAGUUAGUCACGUGAUUCACAGGGAAUCUGUUGAAUGCAAAUUUUGUUGUACUUGUAUAAUUAGUUAAGAUUUUACAACUUAUGUAGGUAAUUAUUUCAUUGAAAGUAAUUAUGUAUGACCAGCAGCAUAAGUAGUUAAAACUUAACCACCUUACAAAUAAAAAAUAAACCAGGGAUGAACAUAGUAUUUGACAGCCAAGCAAAGUUCAGUCUAAUUGUAUGAUAAUUGGAUUCAAUUUUGCUUGGCUGUUACCCACGGUCAUCCCUGGUUUAUUUUUUAUUUGUAAGGUGGUAAGAUUAUAUGUCAUCGUCAUAAAAAACUAGAUGUUCGGACUACUUUUGUGGCUGACUGUACGUUUAAAUAAAACAGGAGUUUUCCAUUCCGAAUGUUUAUUAAGUAUAACUCAAUAAUAAAUCUGACAAAUUACAUAUAUACUUUGGGGAAAUAAAUAGUCUUCACAAUA